UCUCGCCUACUCGAUGACCGGCGGUAGCAAGGAACAGGCCGGCGCAUCGGGUGCGUCCGGCGUCGCUGCCAAGGCCAAGGCCAUCCCUCCACUGAAUGCCAGCUCCUCCGAUGAAGAAGCGUUCAUCAAGCAGUUCCUCGCCGAGGCGGAGGGUGGCAAGAAGGACAGGCUCGUGUAGAUGCUCCCAGCUCCUAGUGAAUGCACGACACAGUUGGCAACGGAGCGUGUAUGAUGCUGUAAAAUCAAUGCAGGGGCGCUGACGGCUUGUGGUGCAUUAGUGGUGGCCUUGCAGUGGGGAAGCUAUGAUACAGGAAGGGGCCAUGAGCACGAGUUUUGAACGUAUUGUUGUC